CGGACCUUUUGGCUAUUUAUCUGAGGGUAUAAGAUGCUGUUAAUUAUAGCAGAGUGAGCUGAACUUCAAUGAGAAAAAAAUCUGUUUACUGAACUACAGAACCAAGAGUAAGACAGGAUGGGCACUGCUGGAAAAGUUAUUAAAUGCAAGGCAGCUGUGUUAUGGGAGCCGAAUAAUCCCCUUUCCAUUGAGGAAAUAGAAGUUGCCCCACCAAAGGCGAAAGAAGUUCGUAUUAAGAUUUUGGCCACAGGAAUCUGUCGCACAGAUGACCAUGUGAUUAAAGGAGUAAUGUUGGCUAGGUUUCCCGUGAUUGUGGGACAUGAAGCAGCUGGGGUUGUGGAGAGCAUUGGAGAUGGAGUGACUACAGUGAAACCAGGUGAUAAAGUCAUCCCCCUCUUUCUGCCUCAAUGUAGAGAAUGCAAUGCUUGCCGCAACCCAGAUGGAAACCUUUGCAUUAAGACUGACCUUGCUGGUCAUGGAGUACUGGAUGAUGGCACUAGCAGAUUUACAUGCAAGGGCAAAACAGUGUACCACUUCGCUAACACCAGUACGUUUACUGAGUACACGGUGGUGAAUGAAUUUGCUGUUGCUAAGAUUGAUGACGCAGCUCCUCUUGAGAAAGUCUGUUUAAUUGGAUGUGGGUUUUCCACGGGAUAUGGAGCUGCUAUUAAAACUGGCAAGGUCACCCCAGGUUCCACCUGUGCUGUCUUUGGCCUGGGAGGAGUUGGCCUUUCAGUCAUCAUGGGCUGUAAGUCAGCUGGUGCUUCCAGGAUCAUCGGAAUUGACCUCAACAAAGGCAAAUUUGAGAAGGCCAUGGCUGUAGGGGCCACAGAGUGCAUCUGCCCCAAGGACUUUACCAAGCCCAUCAGUGAGGUGCUGUCAGAAAUGACAGGCAACAACGUGGGCUUCAGUUUUGAAGUUGUUGGGCGUCUUGACACAAUGGUUGAUGCCCUUGCAUCCUGCCACUCAAACUACGGGACCAGUGUGGUGGUAGGUGCUCCUCCAGCAACCAAAAUGCUCACCUAUGACCCUAUGCUGCUCUUCACUGGACGCACAUGGAAGGGGUGCAUUUUUGGAGGUUGGAAAAGUAGAGAUGAUGUUCCAAAAAUAGUGACUGACUUCCUGGCAGGGAAAUUUGACCUGGACCAGUUGAUAACCCAUGGUUUACCUUUCAAAAAAAUUCAGGAAGGAUUUGAACUGCUCUAUUCAGGCCAAAGCAUUCGAACUGUCCUGACGUUUUGAGAUUCUAAGUGGCAGGAGGUCUGUGUUGUGAGGUGGCCUGGAGCUUCCCUUUCACAUGUCUACUGAGCUGAGACCAUGGAGUUGCUUCAUAAACACAAGCAGGAACAGGUGGUUUGAUAAAGAUAUAGAAUCUUAUGAAAUAAAUACUUAGAGCCCUGA